AUGAUCGAUUUGAUGAUCGUAUCGUCUGACUUAACUCCGCCGUUGCCGUUCCCAGGCCCGGAUGAGAAAGGAGGAGGGUUGGAGACCAUGGAAAGUCUCCAUAAAAUUCAGCCACCUUCCACUCAUGGUAUUGACGCCAUCGGAAAUUAUACCGGUUCCGUCGUCGCCCGGGUUACCAAGGGCCGCGCAGGCUGUUGGGGGACUGAGGCAGACUGCGAAAAGUCGGAG